AUGAUGUCAAGAGGAGUUCUCACGGCGGCACGCAUGAUGCCCUUACGUCGUUGCCAGCCACAACACGUCGCGAUGGUGCCCAUCAUGAUGCGACAUGUGCGCAACUAUGCCGACAAGAUCGUUCAGGUCCCGCAGAUGGCUGAGUCAAUUUCGGAGGGAACAUUGAAGCAGUGGCAAAAGUCGGUUGGCGACUACGUUGAACAGGACGAGGAAAUUGCGACAAUCGAGACUGACAAGAUCGACGUCGCUGUUAAUGCACCAGAAGCCGGCACCAUCAAAGAGUUCCUCGUCAACGAGGAAGACACCGUCACCGUUGGACAGGACAUCGUCAGACUAGAGCUUGGCGGAGCACCUUCCAGCACCGAGGCCAAGGCGGAUUCAUCAAGCACACCGAGCCAACAAGGAAACGAAGCUGAGAAGCCUCAGUCCGAGCCUACGUCUGAGUCGAAACCCAAGCCCAAGUCGGAGCCAAAGCAAGAUGCACCCGCUAGCGGCAGCAGCAGCAAGCCUGCUACGCCGGCGAAGGAAACAAGCAAGCCCUCGAAGGAUGUUCCCAAGGAGGGCUCGAGCUCUGGUCCUACUCUCGGAAACCGUGAGGAACGUCGCGUGAAAAUGAACCGUAUGCGUCUCCGGAUAGCAGAACGCCUCAAGCAGUCGCAGAACACUGCUGCUUCCCUGACUACGUUCAAUGAGGUGGACAUGUCAUCGCUGAUGGAAUUCCGCAAACUUUACAAAGACGAUGUUCUGAAGAAGGACGGUGUGAAGCUUGGCUUCAUGAGCGCCUUUGCGCGCGCGACCGUUCUCGCCAUGCGUGACAUUCCGGCCGUGAAUGCUUCAAUUGAAGGCCCCAAUGGUGGUGACACCAUUGUGUACCGUGAUUAUGUCGACAUCAGCGUGGCUGUUGCAACCGAGAAGGGUCUUGUGACACCCGUCGUGCGCAACACAGAGUCCAUGGGCAUGGUUGGCAUUGAACAGGCAAUUGCCGACAUGGGCAAGAAGGCUCGUGACGGCAAGCUCACGAUUGAGGACAUGGCUGGUGGGACUUUCACUAUCAGCAAUGGCGGCGUUUUUGGUUCCCUCAUGGGAACUCCUAUCAUUAACCUUCCCCAGACUGCCGUUCUUGGUCUCCAUGCCAUUAAGGAUCGCCCGAUUGCUGUUAAUGGCAAGGUCGAGGUUCGUCCUAUGAUGUACCUCGCUCUCACCUAUGACCAUCGCCUACUGGACGGGAGGGAGGCCGUGCAGUUCUUGGUGAAGAUAAAGGAGUACAUCGAGGAUCCAAGGAGGAUGCUGCUGUAA